AUUAGAAAUAGAUAAAAACAAAGAAAAAAUUUCUUAUUUUUCUUACUUAUAAAAAGCCAACCAACACCACAGCACAUAUUGAACCCCUCAAAAAACCUUAAAACUUUUUGUUACCAAAAUCAAGAAGAAAAAAAAUAUAUAUAUAUAUAUUCAUACAUCAUAGUACUUUCUUCGUUGUUGUUCUUUCUGACAUCUCUAUAUCAAAAAUAUCCUCUAUUCUGGUCGUACUCCAAACAUCUUUUCGUCGUUUAUAUUCUUUCUGAUUUCUCUACAAUUUUCGUUGCUAUAUCGAAAGUACCCUCUAUCACUACUCGACCGUACUUCAAACAUCUUCGUCGUUGAUAAUAUUUUUUCUGAUUUCUACACGUUUCAUCUCUCUAUCGAAAGUAUCCUCUGCCCUUAUCGUACUCCAAACAUCUUUUUCACUUUUUCUUUUUUGUUAAAGAUGUUGAGUCGAUUGAUAGACCAAAAGGAAAAGAGCAAUAUACCAAGGGAAAAAAAUCAUCUAACAGUUGCAAUUUCAGAAGCAAAAUGCAUAGCCAAUAUUGCAUUUCCAAUGAUAUUUACAGGCCUAAUUCUUUAUUCACGUUCAAUUAUUUCCAUGAUUUUUCUUGGUCAUUUAGGUGAACUUUCUUUAGCUGGUGGUUCACUUGCAAUUGGAUUUGCAAAUAUAACUGGUUAUUCGAUUCUUUCAGGAUUAGCCAUGGGAAUGGAACCAAUUUGUGGACAAGCUUUUGGUGCUAAAAGAUUCAAGGUUUUAGGCCUUACAUUACAAAGAACAAUUCUUUUGCUACUUUUAACUUCAAUUCCCAUUUCAAUUUUGUGGCUAUAUAUGCAAAAACUCUUGAUAUUUUGUGGCCAAAAUCAUGAAAUUGCAUCCAUGGCACAAAAUUACAUUCUUUUUUCACUCCCUGACCUUUUUGCUCAAUCACUUUUGCACCCACUAAGGAUUUAUCUUCGUUCACAAUCCAUCACAUUGCCUUUAACUUUUUGUGCUAUUUUUGCAAUUAUUCUUCAUAUCCCAAUCAAUUAUUUCUUAAUCAAAGUUCUUAAUCUUGGGAUUAAAGGUGUUGCCUUAAGUGGGGUUUGGACAAAUUUCAAUCUUGUUGGUUCAUUAAUUGUUUAUAUCAUAUUUUCUAAGAUUUACGAGAAAACUUGGGGUGGAUUUUCUUUAGAUUGUUUUAGGGGAUGGAAAUCACUUGUUAAUUUAGCAAUUCCAAGUUGUAUUAGUGUGUGUUUAGAGUGGUGGUGGUAUGAAAUUAUGAUUUUAUUAUGUGGACUUUUGAUUAAUCCACAAUCAACAGUUGCAUCAAUGGGGAUAUUAAUUCAAACAACAGCUUUGAUAUACAUUUUCCCAUCAUCAUUAAGCUUUGGCGUAUCAACAAGAGUUGGAAAUGAAUUAGGUGCUAAUCGCCCUAAUCGCGCUAAAUUAGCAGCGAUAAUUGGGCUAUGUACAAGUUUUAUUUUGGGAAUCUCAGCAUUAUUUUUCGCUACUAUGGUCAGGAAUAUCUGGGCAAAAAUGUUCACUCGGGAUCAAGAAAUUAUGAAAUUAACCGCGACGAUUUUACCUAUUAUAGGACUAUGUGAACUUGGAAAUUGUCCACAGACAACAGGUUGUGGUGUGUUAAGAGGAACAGCUAGGCCAAAAUUAGGUGCUAAUAUUAAUUUAGGAUGUUUUUAUAUUAUUGGAAUGCCUAUUGCAAUUUGGUUAGGAUUUUUUAUGGGAUAUGAUUUUAAAGGAUUAUGGUUUGGAUUAUUAGGUGCACAAGGUUCAUGUGCUGUGACUAUGAUGUUAAUUAUAUUGGUUAAGACUAAUUGGGAAGAUCAAGCAAGAAGAGCUAAAGAACUUACUGAAAUUAUCAAUGGUGAUUAUGAUAAUCAAGAUGAAAAUACAGAGGAUUAUUUGGAAUCAUUGGAUUAUCAGAAGCUACAGAAUUCAGAUGUUUGAGUUAUUCAUUUAUUUUUCUUUUAAUUCUUGGGGAUUAUUGAUUCUUUUUUUAUAUAUAUUAGUGUAUUUUUUCUUUUGUACAUUAGUAGAGGCGUAGAGCUAGCUUAGACGUGCCUCAAAUUAAAUUAGUUCUUUUUCUUUCUUUAAAUUGUAAUUAAGUACGUAGAAGGUGAUUUUUCUUUUCUUUUUUUUUUUUGGUGUGUGUGUGAGAGAUAUAUAAUUAAUUAAUGAAAGUCGGCAUUAUUUGUGACAU